AUCUAUGCACAAAAGAAUUUUUCUGAGGGGAAGAAAUGUCAGAAAGCUUUCCAUUCUGAUUUAGACCACACUAAGACAUCUGGAAUUCAUGCUGAAGAGCAAUUUCAUGAAAAUGGGAAUUAUUUUCUCCUGGAUUACAAACUUAGUCUACAGCAGAGAACUCAUAUGGGAAACAAGUCCUCUGAAAAGACUCCAUGUAAGAAACCAUCCUGUCAGGAGGCAGAUCUGACUCAACAUUCUAGUAUUCAAAGUCAAAGCAAAUCCUACAAAUGCAGUGAAUGUGGAAAGGUCUUCCAAAAGAAAGCCAAUCUUACCCAGCACUACAGAAUUCACACUGGAGAGAAACCUUUCAAAUGCAAUGACUGUGGAAAGACCUUCCGUCAGAAAAUAAAUCUUACACAUCACUACAGAAUUCACACUGGAGAAAAACCUUUCAAAUGCAGUGAAUGUGGAAGGGCCUUCCGGCAGAAAAUAUAUCUUACACAGCACUACAGAAUUCACACUGAAGAGAAACCAUGUGAAUGCACUGAAUGGUGGAAGAUCUUCUUCCUGAAAUCUGAACUCAGACAACGUUGCCACAUUCAUACUGGAAAAAAGCCUUUUAAAUGCAGUGAUUGUGGGAAAGCCUUUCCCAAGCACAGAAAGCUGAUUCAACAUCAGAGAAUUCACACUGGGGAGAGACCCUAUGAAUGCAGUGAAUGUGGGAAGACAUUCCAAACAAGGCCACACCUGGUUCGGCAUCAGAGAACUCACCUGGGACUAAAACCUCAUCAGUGUGUGCAGGAAGGCGUUCUCUCAGAAGUCUGCUCUUACUAAUCACAGCAGCAUUCACACUGGAGAGAAAGUUUUUAAAUGCAGUGGUGGUGGGAAUGCCUUUUUCUGGGGCACAAUGCUAACUUGACAUCAGAGAAUUCAUACUGGAGAGAAACCCUCCCAGCACACUGAAUGUGGGAAAGCCUACAUCCUGAAUUCAGGUCUUUCCUGACAUAAGAGAAUACAUAGUCCCUCUGAUUAAAGCACAUCCUCAGUACUAUAGAACUCAUGAUGGUGAAAAACCUCAUUACUUUAAUCAUUGAAGAAAAACACUCCAAUGGGCUGAUCCAGAUUAAAAUGUAAUUUAGAAAUAUUUAAGAAAAUAAAUUCAUAAGA